AUGAGUGUCGAAGAAGUGCAACAGGCUAAGAAGGCCGUUGAAUUCAGCAGAGAAAGUUUGGAAUCAGUUCUGAAGAGAAGAUUUUUCUAUGCUCCAGCAUUUGAAUUAUAUGGUGGUGUUUCAGGUUUGUAUGACUAUGGUCCACCAGGUUGUUCUUUCCAAGCCAACAUCGUUGAUGUGUGGAGAAAGCAUUUCGUCUUAGAAGAAGAUAUGUUGGAAGUUGACUGUACCAUGUUAACCCCAUACGAGGUGUUGAAGACAUCUGGUCAUGUUGACAAGUUCUCUGAUUGGAUGUGUAAAGAUCCAAAGACUGGUGAAAUUUUCAGAGCUGAUCAUUUGGUCGAAGAAGUCUUGGAAGCUAGAUUAAAGGGUGAUAAAGAAGCCAGAGGCUUGGCUACCGAUGCUAACGCUGAAGCUGAAGCUGACGCCGAAAAGAAGAAGAGAAAGAAGAAGGUCAAGGAAAUCAAGGCCAUCAAAUUAGAUGACGCCGUUGUGCAAGAAUAUGAACAAAUUCUAGCCAAGAUUGAUGGUUACUCUGGUGCUGAAUUGGGUGAAUUAAUGGUGAAAUACGACAUCGGUAACCCAGUCUCUGGUGACAAAUUGGAACCACCAAGAGCUUUCAACUUGAUGUUCGAAACCGCUAUCGGUCCUUCCGGUCAAUACAAAGGUUACUUGAGACCUGAAACUGCUCAAGGUCAAUUCUUGAACUUUAACAAAUUGUUGGAAUUUAACAACGGUAAAACUCCGUUCGCAUCUGCCUCCAUUGGUAAGUCUUUCAGAAACGAAAUCUCCCCAAGAUCUGGUUUGUUGAGAGUUCGUGAAUUUUUGAUGGCUGAAAUUGAACAUUUCGUUGAUCCAAAUGACAAGUCUCACAAGCGUUUUCAAGACAUCAAGGACAUCAAGUUGAAGUUUUUGCCUCGUGAAGUCCAACAAUCUGGUUCCACUGUGCCACUAGAGAAAACCGUUGGUGAAGCCGUUGCCACUAAGUUAGUCGAUAACGAAACCUUGGGUUACUUCAUUGCCAGAAUUUACCAAUUCUUGAUCAAGAUUGGUGUUGACCCAGAAAGAUUAAGAUUCAGACAACACAUGGCCAAUGAAAUGGCUCACUACGCUGCUGACUGUUGGGAUGCUGAAUUGCAAACCUCUUAUGGUUGGAUUGAGUGUGUUGGUUGUGCCGACAGAUCCGCUUACGAUUUGACUGUUCACUCCAACAAGACAAAGGAAAAGUUGGUUGUUAGAGAAGCUUUGGAAACCCCAAUUGAAGUUACCAAAUGGGAAGCCACCUUGGUCAAGAAGUUGUUCGGUCCUAAAUUCAGAAAAGAUGCUCCAAAAGUGGAAGCCCGUUUACUAGCAUUUUCACAAGAAGAAUUAGAAUCCUACUCUGCUCAAUUGAAGAAAGAUGGUAAGAUCACUUUGAAGGUUGAAGGUAUGGAAGGUGACGUUGAAGUUGAUGACAAGAUGGUUUCUAUUGAAAAGGUCACCAACACCGAACAUAUCAGAGAAUUCGUACCAAACGUCAUCGAACCAUCUUUCGGUAUCGGACGUAUCAUCUAUUCCAUCUUCGAACACUCCUUCUGGAGCAGACCAGAAGACACUGCCAGAGCCGUGUUAUCAUUCCCUCCACUAGUUGCUCCAACCAAGGUUCUAUUGGUUCCUCUAUUGAACAACCCAGAAUUAUCGAAGAUUACUGCCCAAGUUUCACAAAUCUUGAGAAAGGAACAAAUCCCAUUCAAGGUUGACGAAUCUGGUGUCUCUAUCGGUAAGAGAUAUGCCCGUAACGAUGAAUUAGGUACUCCAUUCGGUGUCACCAUUGAUUUUGAUUCCGUCACUGAUGGUUCCAUCACUUUGAGAGAAAGAGACUCUACCAAACAAGUCAGAGGUUCCGUCGCGGACGUCAUCAAGGCUAUCCGUGAAAUCACUUAUCAAGGUGUUUCAUGGGAAGAAGGUACCAAGGACUUGGCCCCAUUCAACUCUCAAGCUGAAUCAGAAUAA